CAACAGAAACGACCAACCCACAAGGGUGGCUGUUGACUUGCUUCUACCAAACACAUUUUGGACCGCAGACGAAGGCGUUAUUCGAGUCGUUGUCGAUAAAGGCGUGCUCCCGUGGAUAAUCAUUACAUAUUGCGAUCGUAGAGUCAGACGACAUGAGUGGACUCAGGUUCAGUAAAUUUGAUAAUUUUGCAGUACCUGGCUCUUUGCUGAUCGAGUUUAUUUCGCUGUUCUCCGUCUAUAGUUUGCAGAUGAAUUCACCGGUGUUCAAACCCAGAACUGAAGGAGUUGUCAAAUUUUCUUUCACAAUGCAGAACAGUAAAGAAAAUGAGUUAUUCUGGGAUGUACAAUGGCGUCAGUUCGACGGAACUUUCAAACUCUAUUUCGUACGAGCUACCCACGGCGUCAUCAUCGGGACCGAGGAUGUUUCAGAAGAUGGCUUUCAAAUAUCCUACAGCGGGGACCGUCGUAUAGUUUCGCUUGAGUUUCCUGAAGCGGAGCUACUCCCACACCUCUUUCCGUAUGAGGGAGAUAUUGACGAUAAACCGCCUCUGUGCCUUUCGUCAAAACCGAUGGGAAACUCCUUACACGUGAGGCUCGUAGGUGAUUCCAUCCAUUGGGGCCAGUCCGCCGAGAAUGUGGAAGAGGUCCUUACCGAGGACCCCAGAGUCUCGAUUCUCAGAAAGGGUGGAAAAGUCUGCGGCGCGAUCAUCACCGACCCCAGCAAGACGGUGCUUCGCGAAGGGACAUUUGAUCGGAAGAAAUUGAGGGAAGAUGCAAACAAGUACGCUGAAGCUGUUGAUGCAGCCGUUGAUGCACUUUGCUAAGAUGCACUUUAUCGUACCAUUCGGAUUUAAAUAUGUCACAAUGCAGAGUUGAGCAUUUUUGAAGUCUUUCU